CCCCGCGUACGUAACGCGCCAGGUCCGCUUUUCUCUAACCUUCUCCACAACCUAUAUAUCCGCUCACAUCCAAGUCUUCCCUCCCCCAUUCUCCUCUCCUCUCCUCUCCCGUCCCAACCACAACGACUUCUUCAGCUCCUGCUCCAUUCCAUUCAAAGUUUCCUCCAGCUGCAACUUGCGACCAACGGCCGACUUCUCUACUGGAAAUGGUUCUACCCAUGUCGAGGGCGACAAGGCUGAUGCCGGAGCUACCACUCUUGCGGCGGGGAAGACGGCAGGCGAUCACUGCUAGUACAAGCGAGGAUCAUCAGGAGGAGGAGCUAGCCAUCCCGGCGCACUUCCGGUGCCCGAUCUCGCUGGACCUGAUGCGGGACCCGGUCACGGCGCCCACGGGGAUCACGUACGACCGGGAGAACCUCGAGGGCUGGCUGGCGCGCGGCCAUGGCACCUGCCCCGUCACCGGCCGCGGCCCGCUGCGGCUCGCCGACCUCGUGCCCAACCACGCCACCCGCCGGAUGAUCCAGGCCUGGUGCGUCGCCAACCGCGCCCGCGGGGUGGAGCGGGUGCCCACGCCCAAGGUCCCCGUCGCCGAAGCCGAUGCCGCCCAGGUGCUCGAGGAUUUGUCCGCCGCGGCGAGGCUCGGGGAUGCAGCUGCGUGCGGGGAGAUCGCGGCCAGGGCUAGGGCGCUCGGCAAGGAGAGCGACCGCAACCGCCGCUGCCUCGCGUCCGCCGGCGCGGCGAGGAAGCUGUCCUCGGCGUUCGGGCGGCUCGCUGCUGCCGGGGGAGAACCCGUCGAGGGCGGCGCGCUGGGGAAGGUCCUGGCCGCGCUCACCGUCUUCUUCCCGCUCGACGACGAGUCGCGCCGCUGCAUUGUCGCCUCUUCUCUGACGACGCUCGUGUCCGUGCUCUCCCACGGCGACCUCGCCGCGCGGGCCAGCGCCGCGAUCGUGCUCCGCGAGGUCGCCUCGUCCGCCGCCGACCGGGCCACCGUCGAGGCCAUCUCGAGGGCGCCCGGCAUGUGCGACGCGCUCGUGGGGCUCGUCAGGAACCCCGUCUCGCCACAGGCCACCAAGGCCGCCCUCGUCACGGCCUACUACCUCGCCUCCGACCGCGCGGCCGCGUCCCGCUUCGCCGAGCUGGGCGUUGUCUCCGUGCUGGCGGAGCUCCUCGUGGACGCCGACAAGGGCACGAGCGAGAAGGCCCUGGCCGCGCUCGACGGCGUCCUGUGCGCCGACGCAGGGCUCGAGUCCGCGCGCGCGCACGCGCUGGUGGUGCCGGUGCUGGUCAAGAAGAUGUUCCGCGUGUCCGACAUGGCCACGGAGUUCGCCGUCUCCGCGCUGUGGCGCCUCUGUCACGCCGGCGCGGAUGCCGGGGCGUGCCGCGUCGAGGCGCUGCGCGUGGGCGCCUUCCAGAAGCUGCUCCUCCUGCUGCAGGUCGGCUGCGGUGGCCCCACCAAGGAGCGCGCCAGCGAGCUGCUCAAGCUGCUCAAUGGCUCCAGGGCCAGCGUCGAGUGCAUCGAGGCAGUCGACUUCAAGGGGCUCAAGAGGCCAUUUUGAUCAGUGUCGAAGAAGAUACAGGAGCUUGGAUCAUUUUUUUCACAUCCAUUUUGUGUAGAUUGUUUUGGGUGUUAGAGGUGUGGAUAAAAGAUACAAACACGAUGGUUAGUUUUAGGAAAUUUUUUAUACACUGUAACUUCACACUGAUUUAUACAAACGGAUCAAAACACAUGACUAUUUAAACA